UUGAAAAGUUUUUAUUUUGCAGUAAAAAAAAACAACAACAACCUUAAGUUAAUAUAAUUUUGAAGAUGGUCAAACUUACAGCUGAUGUCAUUGAGCAAUCACCCCAGUAUACAAAUCCUUUACGAGAUCGUGAGAUUGAUCUUCGUGGAUGUAAAAUAUCUGUUAUUGAAAAUCUUGGAGCAACUUUGGAUCAAUUUGAUUGUAUUGAUAUGUCUGAUAAUGAUAUAAAGAAAGUUGAAGGUUUCCCUUUACUUAAAAGAUUGAGAAUGCUGUUACUUAACAAUAAUAGAAUCUGUCGUUUUGAAGAGAACUUGGAGUUAGUGUUACCUCAAUUGGAAACACUGGUAUUGACUAAUAAUAACCUGGCAGAACUUGCUGAUAUUGAUCCAUUGUCUACUGUCAGUUCUUUAACUAGUAUAAGCUUGCUUCGCAACCCAAUAACUAAUAAACCAAAUUAUCGAAGUUAUAUUAUUUACAAACUGCCACAAGUUCGUAUUAUAGACUUCCAACGUGUCAGAAUGAAGGAGAGAGAAGCUGCUAAAAAACUAUUUAGUGGUAAAAAAGGAGAAAUCUUAAAAAAAGAAAUUGCUGCAAAGCGAAGCAAGAUAUUUGAAGCUAAAGAUGUUUUAGCAACCAAAGAAGAUGAAGCCUUCUUGGCUGAAAAAUAUAAGGACCAGGAAGCAAUAAAGGUGGCAAUUAGCAAUGCAACUACACUUGAAGAAGUUAGAAAGUUAGAAUUGUUAUUACAGCAAGGUUAUGUACCUGGAAAAUCAAUUGUUAUUGAUAGUAGUGAAGAAUUAGGUUAUGGUGAAAUUAAUGAAGUUGAAAUGGACGAAUAAAUAUUAUAGUAGACUCAUUUUUAAAGAUUGUAUGACUGUUGUAUCAAACUUUUAUAUUUUUCACACA